AUGACCUUCGUGGAGCUGCUGGCCCGCCUGGGCGGGAUGGGCCGCUUCCAGGUGACCUACGUGGCCGCCCUGGCCAUUCCGCUGCUCAUGCUGGCCAGCCACAACCUCCUGCAGAACUUCACUGCCGGUGUCCCCGAGCACCACUGCCGGCCUCGGCCCCUGGCCAAUGACAGCGUCGGGGAUGUCCCACUCCUCGUCUCCAUCCCCUCUGAUGGCCACCACCGUCCCCAGCGUUGCCGCCGCUACGUGGAACCCCAGUGGCACCUCUUAGAGGUCAACGGCACGGUCAAUGGCACGGCUAACGGGGCGGCCACCGAGCCUUGCCAUGACGGCUGGACUUACCACGACGGCGUCUUCGCUCACACCAUCGUGACCGAGUGGGACCUGGUGUGCGAGUCCAAGACGUUGAGGCAGGUGGCCCAGUCCAUCUACAUGGCCGGGAUCCUCCUGGGCUCUGGCCUCUUCGGGGUCCUCUCCGACAAUCUCUGCCGCUUCUUGGCGGGCCUGGCCAUGGCCGGGGUCUCCCUCAACUCCGCCUCCCUCUGCAUGGAGUGGAUCCCGACGGAAGCGCGCGCCGUGGUGGGCACCAUCAACGGCUACUGCUACACCUUGGGGCAGUUCGUGCUGGCGGCCGCGGCCUUCGGCCUCCCUCACUGGCGCUGGCUCCAGCUCGUCGUCUCCCUCCCCUUCUUCCUCUUCUUCCUCUACUCCUGGUACGGGGAACCCAGGCGUCCGGGUGGCUGCCCACCCCCAUCCUCAUGGGCGCUGCGGGCGCUGGUGCGCCGGGAGCCGCCGCUGCCAGGGGGGGCCCUGGCCACCCUGGUCCGCACCCCCGGGAUGAGGACGGUCUCCUGCGGCGUCUCCUUCGUCUGGUUCUCCACCAGCUUCGCCUACUACGGGCUGGCCAUGGAUCUGCAGGGCUUCGGGGUGGACAUCUACCUGAGCCAGCUGGUCUUCGGGGCGGUGGACAUCCCGGCCAAGCUGGCCUCGGUGCUGGCCAUCAGCUGCCUGGGGCGGCGGGUGGCCCAGAGCGGCUCCUUGGCGCUCGCCGGCAUCUGCAUCCUGGCCAACAUUGUCGUGCCGAUGGGGCAGCACAACCCCAGUAUCGGCCCUCAGAGAAGCCACAUCCGAGCACCUAAAUAG